UCGGGACUCCGCGUCCCAGCAUUCUCUGCGCGAGCCCUGGAGCACUUCCGCCCUGUUGUGAAGUGGGUGUCUCGGUGGAGCCUGGGGGAUUUCCUCUCCCAGGAGCCCCCGGAAGGACACACCACAGAUGCAGGAAGACUUUGGGCAAGGACAGCCCAGCUGAAGGGAGGCAUCCAGGAGAGACCAUGGAGGUAGCCCUGGAAUCCCAGGCACAGGCCUCUCCCCGAUCAGAGCCUGAAGAGCUCCUGAUUGUGAAGCUGGAGGAGGACUCAUGGAGACCAGACUCCCAGCCCCAGGAGAAGGACCUCAACCCUGUUCCUGGCCCCGAGGCCUCCCGACAGCGCUUCAGGCAGUUCCAGUACAGGGACGCGGCGGGACCCCACGAGGCCUUCAGUCAGCUCUGGGCGCUCUGCUGUCACUGGCUGAGGCCAGAGAUCCGCCUCAAAGAGCAGAUCCUGGAGCUGCUGGUGCUGGAGCAGUUCCUGACUAUCCUACCCAGGGAGGUCCAGGCCUGGGUACAGGCACGCCACCCUGAGAGCGGUGAGGAGGCGGUGGCCCUGGUGGAGGAUUGGCACCGAGAGGCCCAGGCUGCGGGACAGCAGGAACUGGAAUUGUGUGCAGAAGAGACCAGGUCCUUAAAGACAGUGAAGGAAUCUCAGAGCUUCCAGCUGCAGCCAGUAGAUCACCAGCCUGAGGGACAGUCCCAGAAGCAGUGGGUGAAGAAUCCAUGUCCUGACCUUCCCGAGCAUCUAGACACCAAGAUGGUACCACAGCCCUUGAAAGAGAGUGCUGUCCUCACGCCCCGAGUCCCUGCUCUCCCAAAGAUGGGGAGCGUUGGAGAUUGGGAGGUGACAGCAGAGUCCCAGGAAGCCCUGGGCCCCGGCAGACAUGCUGAGAAGGAGUUCUGCAGGGACCCCCCAGGAGACAGCUGUGGGAACGGCGUGCCCCUGGGAGUUCCAGCUUCAAAACCAGCCAUCAUCUCCCAGCGAGAUCAUGGACCAGAAUUUUGGGGUCCAGGCCUUAUAAAUUCUGGGGAAAAGAGCCCUGCAGAUUACAGGGAUACUGAGCAAGCGAAACCAGCUCAGGCACUGGCCUGGAGGGACUCCAAGGCCUGGGAAGAGCGAUCCCGGUGGGAGGUAGAGGACGUGAAAGUGUCAGGAGUGCACUGGAGCUACGAGGAGACCAAGACCUUCCUGGCAAUUUUGAGUGAGUCUCCUUUUUCUGAAAAACUCCGGACUUGUCACCAGAACCGCCAGGUGUACCGGGCCAUUGCAGAGCGGCUGAGGGCACGGGGCUUCCUGCGGACCUUGGAGCAGUGUCGCUAUAGAGUCAAAAACCUCCUACGGAAUUACCGGAAAGCCAAGAGCAGCCACCCGCCUGGGACCUGCCCCUUCUAUGAGGAGCUGGAGGCGCUAGUGAAGGCCCGGGCAGCCCUCAGAGCCUCAGGGGGCCACGGAGCGGCUGUGGCUCUCCCCAGGCUGGGGGAUAGUGACAUGGAAGUGGAUGAGCAGGAGGAAGGGGGCUGGGAGCCUGAGGAAACAGCCGAAGACUGUAAUGGAGAUGACCUAACCACCGAGGAGUCUGGCCAGGGCCCCAGGAUUCCAGGGGGCCCAGCUCUGUUCCAGAGUCGGAUUGCAGGUGUGCACUGGGGCUAUGAGGAGACCAAAGCCUUCCUGACCAUCCUCAGUGAGUCCCCAUUCUCUGAAAAGCUUCGCACCUGUCACCAGAACAGCCAAGUGUACCGGGCCAUUGCAGAGCGACUGUGUGCACAGGGCUUCCUGCGGACUCUGGAGCAGUGUCGCUACAGAUUCAAAAACCUCCUUCGAAGCUACCGGAAAGCCAAGAGCAGCCACCCCCCUGGGACCUGCCCCUUCUAUGAGGAGCUGGACUCGCUGAUGAGGGCCCGGACUGCAGUUCGAGAUGUGGUGACCAGCAAGGAGGUAGCGGGUCUCCCUACCUCUGGGCAGAGCAGUACUGAGGCUGUCAACCAGGAGGCCUGGGAUGAGAUGGCAGAUGAAGAUGCCAUCAAACCUCCAAUCCCAAGUCCUAAAAUCCUAGACACUGGUUUUGAGAUGAGGCAUGAGGAUGAAGACCAGAUUUCAGAGCAGGACAUUUUUGAAGAUUUACCUGGAGCCUUAUCAACGUGUGCUGCCGAGAACAACUGCUACCCUCACGACUGGGGGGAGGACAGUGAGAAUGAAAACGAAGGUAAAGGGCGGUGGGGAAACCCAUCCCAGGAACAGUGGGAAGAGUGUUCUUCUGAAGAGGAUUUAGAAAAACUCAUCGACCAGCAAGGCCUGUACCUUGCAGAGAAACCCUAUAAGUGUGACAUGUGUGUGAAAAGCUUCAGCCGGAACUCGCAGUUAAUUGCCCACCAGCGGACACACACAGGUGAGAAGCCCUACAAAUGCCUUGAAUGUGGCAGAAGCUUCAGUGACCGCUCCAACUUCAAUACCCACCAGAGAAUCCACACUGGAGAGAAGCCCUACAGAUGCCUUGAAUGUGGGAAAAACUUUAGCGACCACUCCAAUCUCAUCACCCACCAGAGAACGCACACAAGGGUCAAGCCCUAUAAGUGUGGAGAAUGUUGGGAAAGCUUCACCCAGAGCUCAAACCUUUUGAAACAUCAGAGAACCCACUUGGGAGAAAAUCCCGACCCCUGCAGGGAGCCUGGGGGAAACUCCAGCCAAAGCCCAUCCUUUCCCGCACACUGGAGGACCUCCGCACAGGAGACAUCUCCAGGACAACCUCGAAGUGCCAGUAAGAACGUGCAUUCUCCUGGACUGCCCAGCACCAGCUCAGGGGAGAGAUUUUACGAGUGUUCUGAAUGUGGAAGAUGCUUCUCUAAGAGCUCUGCCCUCAUCAGCCACCAAAGAAUCCAUACAGGACAGAAACCCUAUGAAUGUGCCGAAUGCGGGAAAAGCUUCAGCAAGAGCUCCACGCUGGCCAACCACCAGCGCACCCACACCGGGGAGAAGCCGUUUGAGUGUGCGGACUGCGGGAAGUGCUUCGGGGAGCGCUCCAAGCUCAUCACACACCAGAGAGUGCACACGGGGGAGAAGCCCUACAAGUGCCUCGAGUGUGGGAAGUUCUUCCGUGACCGUUCCAACCUCAUCACCCACCAGCGGAUCCACACAGGAGAGAAGCCUUAUAAGUGCAGAGAGUGCGGGAAGUGCUUUAACCAGAGCUCCAGUCUCAUCAUCCACCAGAGGAUCCACACUGGGGAGAAGCCCUACAAGUGUACGGAGUGCGGCAAAGAUUUCAACAAUAGCUCCCACUUCAGCGCCCACCGCAGAACCCAUGCAGCAGGGAAGGCCUCGUAGGAGACUCCUCCCCUGACAGCGGCAGAGAGGAAUGCAUAUUUGAAUCACCCACGAUCCUCAGACGUGUGCUAGAGAGAAACUGUCCCAAUUUUUAAGCCCGGCGUGUACCCGGGGAAGUUAUCCUGGUAUCACCCAGGUAAUCUGGAAGUGAAUUACAGAUGCUAAGGAUCCAGGUUUGAAGGCGCUUUUCUUAAGUGUAACAUGUUUUCCUCCUGCGAAAAACCCACGCAUCGUCCUCAGGCUGCCCUUAUAUUUGCUGUCAUGUAAGAGCUGUGUCAUGUUUGAGCCCGGCUGGUUACUUAGGGGAUUAGAGGUGAAGCAGCGGUCCUGAGCAGUGAUUCCAGACCUCGCUGUGCCUUUGUAUACGUGUCCCAUUGGUGCGCAUGGGCAAAUCGUCCUACAUGGCACUUUUCCCCUGGGGUGUAACCUUCUCGAAGAACUUUGAGACUCUCCAGGGAGAGGGGGGCAUAAUUGGCGAAUCAGUGGCCUAGAGCAGGCUGCCAUGAGCUCAGCAAAGGGUGGGAACAACCGUGACGUCAUUACUGGAUUGUGAUUAAUAAUAGCAAAAGUAGCCAGACUUACUGA